GAGAUGUGAGAGAUGCUCCACAGAUGAUCAACAGUGGCAGAUGUACAGGGAGAGAUGUAGACGGAGUGAAUAGAAGAACGAGAGCGUGCCAGAGAGAGUGACAGAGAGAGUGACGGGUGAGACAGAAAGACAUAGAGUGAACAAACAAAUGCGAGUGAGAGUGACAGAACCAGUCAGAGAAACAGUAUAUGAGUGAUAGAGGAAGUUAGCCUGAUAUUUGUGUUAGUUUGUUUAGAAGGAUGAGUGAAGCCGGAAGCAUCUUAACCCUGGAAGACAUCCCUGAAGGAAGGUUGGAGAAAAAGGGAUCCAUCAAGAAGAAGAUAGAGAAGUUGAGGAGAUGGAGCUCCUGCAGCAUAAAGAGGCCUUCUAAGAAGACUAAGACCAGAAGUCUGUCCUCCGCUACAGAGGCACCAGAGGAGACCUGGGGGCUCAAGACCCCCGAGAGGAGGAGGCUCAAACCCAUCAUCGCCUCCGUCUUCGGACAGGACAGAGAUCUACGGCCAGAAGAGAUUGAAGAGCUGAAGGAGGCGUUCGGGGAGUUUGAUAAGGAUAAAGAUGGCUACAUCAGCUGUAAGGAACUGGGAGAGUGCAUGAGGACUAUGGGGUACAUGCCCACAGAGAUGGAGCUCAUCGAACUCAGCCAGAACAUCUGUGGUGGCAGAGUGGACUUUGAGGACUUUGUGGAGCUGAUGGGUCCUAAAAUGUUGGCAGAGACAGCAGACAUGAUUGGAGUGAAGGAGCUCAGGGAUGCUUUCAAAGAAUUUGACUCUAACGGGGAUGGUCAGAUAAGCCUGGCUGAACUGAAGGAGGCCAUGAAAAAGCUGGUGGGGGAGCAGCUCAACCAACCAGAGAUCGACGAGAUCCUCCGAGAUGUCGACCUCAACGGGGACGGCCUGCUCGACUUUGAGGAGUUUGUCAGGAUGAUGUCUCGCUGAUUCUCCUGGCCAGAAGACCGUGACGACAUGACUUUAAGAGACUAGUAAACAACAAAACCUCCUCUGUUAGAUGUUAUGGACCAGUCCUCAGUAUAUUGUUGUACAUGUAAUUACAGUAUUAUUGAUGUAUAAAUAUUGUAUGUUGUUUUUCGUGUAUUUGUUCUUGUUUUUUUCAUUGCUAUAGCAACAAUCCCUCCUAGUACUGUAUGUUUUUGUUGUAUAACUGUAACACUGUAAUGAUAAUAAUAAUAAUAUUUGUAAAGUGCUUUUCAUGUAUUAUGUUCAGUGCUACACUAUGUUAUCAGCUAGUAUUGCUUUUGUAUAGUUUCAGCCAGUCAUUUUAAAAGUAGUGCUCACUUAGGUUGGAGUCAUUAAAACUCGUUUUUAAACCACUU